UUUUUUGCGCGACUUUGACUGAAGGGCCGCCAAUUUAGAUUCCAAAAUGGCGUUUCAAGGGUCACAGUUUCCCAACGUAGUGGUUGCUAAGAGGCGUGGACAGAGAUACCUUUGAGGAGAUGGAAAACGUCAUUGGAAUCGUAUAACGUUCAUUGUGUAAGGUGCCCAUGUUUCGACUAUGGGCCGCGCGGUGCAUUCCUGGGAUUCUGGGACAGUGAAUGGGAGUCGACUGGGCGCUAGCUCAAAAACACAACAUUAGCAUGAAUUUAGUGAACAAUAAGUAUUUUCCGAUAUGUGAGAAUUAACUUGUUCUCUGAAAUAUCAUAAAGCUUUGGAAUCGUGACAUUACGUACUUUUAAGGAACAUAGGCAGGUUUCUCAAAUCACCCUGAUUUUGUGAAGGGAUUAUGAGAAGAUUAGUUUGCAACCACGUGAUGCCGCAAUACAAGUGAACGCGGUCUGACAGUCUGCUGUUGGGGCGUUAUGCCGCGUUCAAGACAACUGGGAACUCGGAAAUAUCCGACUGACUUAAACGCUUUCAAAGCAACUGGGAACUCGAGGGAAAAAACAAGCUCAGACUGGGAAAAUUGAUCUGAACAGCCAUCGAACUCGGAAUUCCAACUCUGUCUCGAGCUCUGACUUUCCGACCUUAAGAUCACUGACUUCAUGAUUGGAGGUGGCAGGUAGCCUUGUGGUUAGAGCCUUUGGGCCAGUAACCGAAAGGUUGCUAGAUCGAAUCCCCGAGCAGACAAUGUAAAAAUAUGUCAUUCUGCCCCUGUACAGGGCAGUUAACCCACUGUUCCUAGGCCGUCAUUGUAAAUAAGAAUUUGUUCUUAACUGACUUGCCUAUUUAAAUAAACAAACAAUUUGAUCGCGUAUUUUUCUGAGUUCCCAUGUGUGAAGGCUGCAUUAUACCACAGAACAAUGAGACAGAUAUUAAACCGGAUGUAUAAAAUUCUCUAACGAAAAUAUGCAAAUAUAUGCUACCUCCUCGCUUGUUCUUCCCACCAUGAUUCAUUUUCUCCCAUUGAAACGACAGUCUAUCUUGGGUUAGUGAUACGUCCCUACAUGCAUUGCCCAACAUGAUUCCUAUCUCCUCCUUUCUCUAACAUCUCUGGGGUGGAUCGCUGUGACCGUAUAAAUAAAACGGAUAGACAGGUCUGCUUGCAAAAGAGGGUCCUUCCCGACUCAACUCUGGGUGGGGUCACGGUUCUAUUAAUUUAUAUAUUCUGUAUCAAAGAAGCACAACAAGGUCUGUGAGGAUGAUGUGAUGGGACAACCGACUGGCAGGUGAAAACCGUAAAUGUACGGGCUGAUUCAACUACAGCUAAUUUAUAAACAUAUAAAAGGGAAGAUAAUUUUUAGGUAUAUUAGUGGUUUGCCGAAGGCUACUUGUAUGUAUUUGUUUUAACCAGCUAAUCUAACGUAAUGGCGACCGAGUGCACCCAAGAAGCGGUCGUACAAUUUCUGACCGAGCGAGGGGGGAGAGUGAAAAAACAGGAAUUCAUUGACUAUUUCAAAGCUGUUUUCCCGGAAGACCCUGACCAGAAAGCAAUUGUUCGGGAGAAAUUCAAGGGAUACGUGGACAACGUCGCAUUUGUAAAGUUGGAGAAUGGAGUGAAAUGUGUGUGUUUAAAAAACAAGUAUCGAGUGGAAAAAGACAGCGCGUGCAAUGGCAACGAAACAGGCACCUUUUUGGAACAAGAUAGCAGCACCCCUGUCCUAUCAAAAUCAUAUAAGAACUUGAUAGAGGAUUGUACACCACAACUGCAUCUGUCAGCAUCUUCUGCUGGGGGUGUGCGCUCUUGUGAAACCACUGCAAACGAGGAGGCACAACAAGAAAUUUCACCUGGCUCGGGUUACGGAACUGACAAUGCCGCAGGAGUGAGACCGCCUGACAUUUUAGGAAUUAUAUUGGAAGGUAACAUUAUAGAAAGAGCUGCGUCAACAAGGUCUGUAGUUCAGAACAAUAGUUUACCAGACAUUAUGGGAAAUGCGUUAGGCCUUGGUGGCAAUGGAGAGCAGAAAUUGACCAAGGAGGACCUUCAGACAUUGCAACCGCAUGACAUACCGCAAAUUGCAGUGAUUGAGACGUCACCUUUACCUACAGCCGCGGAUGGCUCUAUGUUCCACUUACCCGGACGUCAAUUCCCAACUAAUGCACAGGACAGCCUGCUGUCCAGUCACCCUUCAUCAGAGGACGGGGCAGACGAAGGCCAUAAUUAUGAUUCGCUACUGAGCAAAUCAGGGAGUGACAGCAACACACCUAAAAGUAGCCAUAACAACUUUAUUGAGCUCAUGAUGAACAGCUCCCCCCAGGUGCGACGCAGCAUGGUGUUGAGGAACUCCGUCUACCUGUCUACAAAAUACAGGGACUGUGUCCGGAGCGACAGUGACUCUGUCUCUGUGGUUUCUUCUACUACAGACGAAGACAGAGCUUCAGUCACUCUGGACCCGUUGGAACACGAAUGGAUGAUGUGUGCAUCCGACGGCCAAUGGGAGAGUCUCCACCGCCUCCUUUCCUGUGAACCGAACCUUGCCAUGAAGAAAGAUUUUGUGACUGGGUUCACCUGCCUGCACUGGGCUGCCAAGCAAGGCAAACAAGAACUGCUGGCACUUAUCGUGAACUUUUCCAAAAAACACACAGUACCCAUCAACAUCAAUGCCCGGUCAAGUGCCGGCUACACACCACUACAUCUAGCAGCAAUGCACAACCAUGUUGAAGUGGUGAAGUUACUGGUAGGAGCCUAUGACGCAGACGUAGAGGCCAGAGAUUACAAUGGGAAAAGGGCGUGUCAGUAUCUUACGAACAGUGUGGCCGUUGAUAUCCGUGACAUCAUCGGGGCGGGUGGUGGCGCCGACUCGGACUCAGAGAACACAGACGAUGGGGGGCAUUGGCGGUUGUCUAAAGUUCUCCAGUCUAAUCUGAUGCCCCUCAAACUGCACAAUCACAGUGAGGAGGACACAGGUGAUGGAGCAGGGCAGGCCAGACAGAAACCCUUGCGAAGGAAAUCAUCCCUUAGCAAGAUGAGACCCAAACUUCAGAAGAUCCGCUUCAGAUCUUCGCAGAUAGUUCACAGCACUUCGUUCCCAGCACACUGUGAGACAGAGGAGCUUAACGGGUCCAGGAAAAGCUCAUUUAAAUCCAGACCCAUGUCAAAUCUGUUUGGCUGAAGAAUAGCCUCUAAGUACACCCGACAAAGAGCAAAUCAAACUACUACAGUGCAGAAUGACUGACACAAUGUGGUAUAGUCUGAUGUUACAAGUGUUUUUUUUUUUGUGGCAUAGGCCAAGUCUGUUGUUACACAUACUUAAGGGUUUUUACCCCAGGCAUUAUAUGAAUAUGCUGAACUAACAGAGUAUGGUAUUACAUGAUCUAUUGAGUAACUGGCCAGAUUGCUACCCCUGGUUAGGCUAAAUAUUUCUGUCUUAAUCCUCUUAUCAUGCCGAAGUAGCCAAGGAGGUUUUACAGUUCGUCUGCUUUAACCCUUAACGUACAUGUAAAGCUGCCUGCAACCAACUGGGCAAAGAUGUCUAGUUUUGAUUUACAUUUCGUUUUUAACUAAUGCGAAUUCAAUGUGAAAUCGACAAAAAAUGUCACCAUGUCAUUGGAUUUGGGUUAGAAUUUGGGUGAUUUUAAAAAUAUAUAUUUUUAAAUAGGAAAUUAUCUUCCAUUGAAGAUCAGAACCAAGGAGAUCAGAACCAAACAUACUUUUUUUCAUAUCCAAUCAGUUUCCCACGUUGAUUUGACGUCUUCAUAUGACAUUUUUUGGAGUUGAAAUGGCAUUGAAACAAGGUUGACUCAACCUGUUUUUGCCAAGUGGGAAGUGUUUAAACUUCCAAGUUAUUUGACCACAUGGUAGAAACAAUGUAAUUGAUUUCACAAUGCUUGGGAGCAAUUCUAUCUUAUUACUGUCAGACUGUUAGUGAUGCUAUGAAUUUAUUCUCCCUUUACAUUUAAGUUGCUUUAAGCACUUUGAUUUGAAACCGUUAUUGAUCCAGCUUUCCUGCGGUGGAUGCCAUUCAGUCCAGCUGAAAUACUUGGGAUGGGAAUUUUACUUCCUCUUUGUUUUCAAGUGGAGGAUUGGAGGCCAAUGAAAGGCCUCUGGUCCUUUAAGUCUGUAAUCGGGAUCAGUAGAGGAGCCUUCUGUGUCACAAGGUACGCUUUUUGUUGAGCGUAUGGUAGGCCUGCUGUGUGUAGUGCUAUGAUGAAAGAUCAGGUUUCAUAACUAUUCACAGUCCACCUUGAAUUACGCUAUGCAGUUAUACUCACUUUAUGACCCUCUGAUCAUAGCUCCUUAUUUUGAGUUGUCUAAGGCUGCAGUUGUCUGGUGUUAAGUUGUAUGCUACCCUCUGAUCUGUUAUGCACUAGUGGUUUUCUAUCAACAAGCUCCAGCUUGCUGACCCAGGAGAGCCUCUACACACAAUAAUAAGAAUGUGAAAACAUGUUUUUAGAAAUGUUUGCAAAUAUAUUGAACAUUUAAAUGCAUAAAUAUCUCAAUGACAAAAGUAUUCACACCCCUGGGUCAAUACUUUGUAGAAGCACCUUUGGAUGGGUUUACAGCUGUGAGUCUUUCUGGAGAGCUUUCCAUACCUGGAUUGUGCAACAUUUGCCCAUGUAUUCUUUUCUAAAAUAUUCAAGCUCUGUUCAAAUUGGUUGUUGAUCAUUGCUAGACAGCCAUUUUCAGGUCUUGCCAUAGUUUUUCAAGUAGAUUUAAGUCAACACUGUAACUCGGCCACUUUGGAACAUUCACUGUCAUCUUGGUAAGCAACUCCAGGUUAGAUUUGGCCUUGUGUUCAAGUUUUUUUUUUUUUACCUUUAUUUAAUUAGGCAAGUCAGUUCAAUGACGUCCUAGGAACAGUGGGCUAACUGCCUGUUCAGGGGCAGAACGACAGAUUUGAACCUUGUCAGCUCGGGGAUUUGAACUUGCAACCUUUCCGUUAAGGGCUAUAAGGGAACCUAUUGGUAGAUGCGUAAAAAUAAAACAGCAGACAUUGAAUAUCCCUUUGAGCAUGGUGAAGUUAUUAAUUACACUUUGGAUGGGGUAUCAAUACACCCAGUCGCUACAAAGAUACAGGCGUCCUUCCUUACUCAGUUGCCGGAGAGGAAGGAAACCGCUCAGGGAUUACGCCAUGAGGCCAAUGGUGAAUUUAAAAUGGUUAAAGAGUUGGUAGGAGAAAACUGAGCACGGAUCAACAACAUUGUAGUUACUCCACAAUACUAACCUAAUUGAUAGUCUGAAAAGGAAGCCUGUACAGAAUAAAAAUUAUUCCAAAACAUGCAUCCUGUUUAUAACAAGGUACUAAAGUAAUACUGCAAAGAAAAUGACUAAGCAAUUAACAUUUUGUCCUGAAUACAAAGUGUUAUUGGAUUUGCCUGAAACAUUACUGAGUACCACUCUCCAUAUUUUCAAGCAUCUCAGUGCUAGAGGCGUCACUACAGACCCUGGUUCGUUUCCAGGCUGUAUCACAACCGGCCGUGAUUAGAAGUCCCAUAGGGCGGCGCACAAUUGGCCCAGCGUCGUCCGGGUUAGGGUUUGGCCUUCAUUGUAAAUAAGAAUUUGUUCUUAACUGACUUACCUAGUUAAAUAAAGGAAAAAUAAAAUGAAUAGCCGUGGGAAGUAAAGGUGCUGCAGCACCCCCUGAAUUAAAAAAUAAUAAUAAUAAAUGGAAGAAAAAUGUAUUCUUCACAGAAGUGCACUGGGCCUUUAAUAGUCCUAUAUUUGCAGACUGAUAUAGCCUUCUCCAGUGCAGGCAACAAUAUUUGUUUUUGUGCAAUGUUGCACUGAAUUGUAACACUUUUGUUUUUUGCUAAUAUAACUGGAGUGUAUAUUUUCACAUAUUUAGCAAAUCGUUGUCUCACAUGUACUAGUCUAAUUGUUUGUCUAGAUUUAAGGCAUAGUACUUAUGGCAUUGACUGUUUUUGGGGAAUAUGUUUUCUGAGUCAAUGGUUUUUAUCACUGAAUAGCCUACAAUAAUGCUACAUAGUUUACAUCUGAUUUUGCUACUUGAUUUUAUUGUACAGUUUUGUAGUCUUGCCAAAUUAGCUCUUACCUUUUUUAUUCUGCAAUGUCUUUAUGUUUUUAAAUCAACCACCUGCUGCUAAUUAUGAUAUUCAAAGGGCUGGAACCAAAUUUCUCUUGUCUGUCUGUACAUUACAUUAUAUUUUAUAGCCCUCUUCGAUUAUCUAACAAAAGAAUGUUAACCUAUAAAACGAUUGUGAGGUGUCAGAUUUUGUAUCUAUGUUCAAUACUUUAGCUUUGCAUACAUUAUUGAAGACAAAGAUUGUGUAGUUUGCAUUUUUAUCAUUUGGAAACCGGAAAAUAGCUGUGCAGCAACACUCCACAUCCAACCUGACAGAGCUUGAGAGGAUUUGCAGAGAAGAAUGGGAUACAGGUGUGGCAAGCUUGUGGCGUCAUACCCAAGAAGACUCGAGGUGGACAAAGGUGCUUCAACAAAGUACUGAGUAAUAGCAUAAAUGUGCUAUUUCAGUUUUUUUUAUUUGUAAUAGUUUUGCAAACAUUUCUAAAAACCUGUUUUUGCUUUGUCAUUAUGGGGAAUUGUGCGUAGAUUGAUGAGGGGAAAACGAUUUAAUCCAUUUUAGAAUAAGUCUGUAAUGAACAAAAUGUGGGAAAAGUCAAGGUGUCUGAAUGCACUUUUUAUUUAUCUAUAUAUACUACCGUUCUAAAGUUUGGGGUCAUUUAGAAAUGUCAGUUUUUGAAAGAAUCACUUUUUUUGUCCAUUAAAAUAACAUUGUUGAUCAGAAAUACAGUGUAGACAUUGUUAAUGUUGUAAAUGACUAUUGUAGCUGGAAAUGGCAUAUUUUUUUUCAAUGGAACAUCUACAUAGGUGCACAGAGGCCCAUUAUCAGCAACCAUCACUGCUGUGUUCCAAUGGCACGUUGUGUAAGCUAAUCCAAGUUUAUAAUUUGAAAAGGCUAAUUGAUCAUUAGAAAACCCUUUUUCAGUUAUGUUAGCCUGUGCUGGAAACUGUUGUUCUGAUUAAAGAAGCAAUAAAACGGUC